AUGAACCAAGGGUCUAACCAGACUAUGAGUUGUAACAGUGAGCCCAGAACCUAUCCAUGUACCAUUUGUGGUGAUCAAAGUCAUAUUGGACCUCACUGUCCUCUGUUUUACCCUAAUGAAACUACUCGUGACCAGGUUAGUGUCCUACAUGGUGGUAUGAACUCUAAAUAUGAGAGUCGACCCAAGUUCGAUCCCUAUUCUAAUACCUAUAACCCUGGUUGGAGACAUAAUCCUAAUUUUUCGUGGUCCAAAGGUGCCCAUCAGGGUAGCCCAUCUAGCAACCCACCACAAGGUAGUGUCCGAAAUAAUGCCGAGACUAAACAAAAUUUUGACACUUUAGGUCAUAGGUUCGAUGAAAUUCAACGUAACCAACAAAACAGUGACCGAGCUAUUGUCAACAUAGAGACUCAAAUAAGUCAACUGUCAAACAGGUUAAGUGAUAGGGAGAAUGGGAUAUUUCCUAGCCAACCGACUCCGAAUCCCAAAGAAGUUAACCAGGUUAAUGGGUCAGGUAGUUCUAACCACAACGAACAUGUCAAAGCAGUUGUCACCCUUAGGAGUGACCCUAAUGAGCCCGAGAGUGCUAAGAGUCCAAGUGAAGAAAAUAUCCCUGAGAGAGUAUACGUACCACCUGCACUAUUUCCUCAGAGACUCGCCAAGAAAAAGCCUAGUACAAGUGUUGAAAUCCUAGACAUCUUUAAGCAAGUUAAGAUCAAAAACUUGCCCUUGUUAGAUGCAAUAAAACAUGUACCGACUAUGGCCAAGUUCCUAAAAGAGAUGUGUAUUGUCAAGAGAGACGCGAGUGUCCAUAAAAAAGUAUUUUUGACCCAACAAGUUAGUUCCAUAAUCUCACAAAAGUACCCAGUCAAAUUUAAAGAUCCUGGUUAUCCUAUUGUCACAUGUGUCAUAGGUAAACAAACGAUAGACAAUGCUCUAUUAGAUUUCAGGGCUAGUGUGAAUCUGUUACCGUUCUCGGUAUAUGAACAACUUGGACUAUGUGAGAUGAAACCAACUAGGAUAACACUACAGUUAGCCGAUAGGUCAGUCAAAAUCCCACGUGGAAUUAUUGAAGACGUUUUGGUUCAGGUAGAAAACUUUAUCUAUCCAGUUGACUUUGUGAUUUUAGACACUCAACCUGUCUCUAGUCAAGAUAUUAAUAUCCAAAUCAUCCUAGGUCGUCUGUUUCUAUCCACUGCAAAUGCAGUCAUACAUUGUCAAACUGGCCUAGUAGAAUUUUCCUUUGGGAAUCAGAAAAUCUCGGUGAACGUUUUGAAGGCGUUACAAGCCCCACCGGACCCUGAACGCUAUGAGUUUAUAUGCAUGAUUGAUUCUCUAGUUGAGAAUACCUUUACCACCAAUAGUGUUAGCGAUCCUUUAGAGGCGUGCUUGGUCCACUUUGGAGCCUACUAUGAUGAGGGUAGUCAUUUUGAAGAAGUUAAUGCGUUGUUAGAUUCUACGCCAGUAAUGAAUUAUGGUAAAUGGCAGCGUAAGCCAGAACCUAUUCCGACGACCAUAGAUAAACCCCUCCCAUCAUCAGUUAAGGCCCCCACCCUUGAAUUAAAGCCGCUACCAGAUACACUGAAAUAUGUAUUUCUUGGUAGUGAAAAAACUCUUCCUGCCAUAAUUGCCUCUGACUUAGAGCCCGAUCAGGAAAGUACACUAGUUAGUGUUCUUCGUGAGCACAAUACUGCAAUAGGGUGGACUAUAGCAUAUUUGAAAGGAACUAGUCUUGUCGAUUGUAUGCACCACAUCUACCUAGAAGAAGGUGCCAAAACCUCAAGAGAAAUGCAGAGACGUUUGAAUCCUAAUAUGAAGGAAGUUGUUCGCACUGAAGUGCUCAAGUUGUUAGAUGUGGGUAUCAUAUACCCCAUCUCUGAUAGUAAAUGGGUCAGUCCUGUCCAGGUUGUCCCAAAGAAGUCUGGGAUUACGGUAGUUGCGAAUGAGAACAAUGAAUUGAUACCUACCCGUGUUACCACCGGGUGGAGAGUAUGUAUAGACUACCGUAAGCUGAACUCAGCCUCUAGGAAAGACCUCUUUCCUUUACCAUUCAUCGACCAGAUGUUAGAAAGAUUAGCUGGCCACAACCAUUAUUGUUUCUUAGAUGGAUACUCUGGUUAUAACCAAAUCCCUAUAGCACCACAGGACCAAGAGAAAACAACCUUCACAUGUCCAUUUGCCUAUGUUCAAGCUUUUGAGAAGCUUAAAUUAUUAUUGACUUCUGCGCCUAUCAUCCAACCACCCAAUUGGAACCUCCCAUUUGAACUCAUGUGUGAUGCGUCCGAUUAUGCGGUUGGUGCUGUCCUUGGCCAACGACGUGAUAAAGCACCUAGUGUGAUUUAUUAUGCUAGCAGGACCCUAAACGAUGCCCAGUUAAACUAUACUACUACUGUUAGCCAUGGUUUUUGA